UAUGGAAGACACUAAACUCCCGAACAUUCUAGUAACAGGCACUCCUGGUGUAGGGAAGACAACCCUCUGUUCUCUCUUAGAGAGCUCUCUCCAUGAAGAGGGCAAGACAGGUUAUAAAUACAUCAUGCUUGCUGAAAGAAUCAGAGAGGAGAAACUCUAUAAAGACUGGAACAAAGAAUUCGAUGUUAGCGAAUAUGAUGAAGACAUGGUCUGUGAUAACCUUGAAGACGAAAUGUCCAAGGGCGGAGUCAUCCUUGAGUUCCAUAGCUGAGGCUUCUUCCCAGAGCGAUGGUUCCAACUAAUAGUCCUUCUUAGAUGUGAUAAUACCCAUCUUUACGAUAGACUAGCAGAAAGAGGCUACGAUCAAAAUAAAAUUACAGAGAAUAUUGAGUGCGAAAUCAUGGAAGUCACAAGUGAAGAGGUUCGUGAAAGCUACAAAUCUGACAUCAUCCUUGAGCUAGCAAAUCAGGAAAUUGAUGAUGUUGAGACUAACAUUGAGAAAAUAAAGGAAAAACUCGAGCAGCUUUAA